AUGGCAGGGGCAAGCACAGGAGCCCGAGCUGCACAGCGAGGGCUGGCACCCCUGGAUCUGCAGGAGCCGCCUGAGCCCCCCGUGGCCACAGCCGUGGAUCCCCAUCCCGACCCGCUGAGCCCGGAGCCGCCUGCACUGCUGCUGCUCUGGAGCGCCGUGCAGAGCCUGGGGCCCCCGGAGCAGGACGUGCAGGCCAUGACACGGGAGCAGGCCCUGCUCUACCUCUUUGUGCUCCACGACCACGACCAGAGCAGGCGCCUGGACGGGCUGGAGCUGCUGCAGUUGCUUGGCACGGUGCUGGCACAGGCUGGGGGGCAGCCAGACCCUGACACGGUGGCUGCGCUGGUGGACAAAGCUCUGGCGAGGCAGGACCUCAAUGGGGACGGGCUGCUGGACCCCUCCGAGCUGCUGGACCCCCCCGAGGUGCCCUUGCCUGGCCAGGACAAGGGUCCCCCAGGACAGCCCCCACUGGAGCAGCAGGUGGAACCUCCCAAUGCUGAGGCCAUGGAGGCAGAAGUCGUCCCUGAGGCCCAAGCCCCCAGUAGUGAUGCCCCAGAGGAAGAGGAAGCCCCUGAGGCUGAAGGCCCUGAGGAGGAGCAGGCAGCCCCAGCCUGGAGGGACCAUGGCGAGGGGUAG